CGAGAGUUGUUUGUUAACCGUCGACCGGUGCGGUUGCUUGGCCAGAUCUUCGCACACGCUUCCAUACUCCGCUGAUCGAUUGAUCUGUUCGUUGGUUAGCCGUUUGACCAUCGUACCAAUACCGACGUAAGUCGUCUUCAUUCAUACCGUUGCAGUUCCCGAAGCGAAGCGGCGUUCCUGGUCCGCGAUGAGGAUACUACAGAUCGGAGCGAUCGUGCUGCUGUGUCUGGCAGUGGUGAUAGAUGCACAAUGGUUCGGUAGCAAGAAGAAGCCGGAAGAGGAUCCGAAUGUGUCGCUGCUUUCCUACGCACCGAUGGAUCCGAGUGUAACACACUCGACCAUAACAACCUCGACCACCACCACCCCGGUACCACCGUCGACAACCACGAAGAAGGGUUUUUUCGGUAAGCUGUUCGGGGGUGGUUCAAAGAAGGAAGAGAAGUCCACUACCACCACGACGACUACAACGACUACGACUACGGUGGCCACGCCGACCACUAAAAAGCAAGGAUUUUUCGGUGGACUGUUCGGAGGAAAGAAGGACAAAACCUCGACAACCACGGUGGCCCCUUCGACGACCACCUCGAAGACGGGAACGACAACGGUAAAGGCCGGUACCGUGACAACGGCAAAAGCCAGCUCGGUAGCGCCCACGGUAACAACGGCCAAAUCGAUCCUCCCGGCAGUACCGAGUACGACGGCCAAGAGUAUCGCUACCGCCCAGUCAACUGUUUCAACGAUCUCUACUACGGCCAAGGUGGCAACGACACCGAAAUCGAAUGAAGCCUUCCCGGCUCUACCGUCGUCUCGCAGUGGUAGCCCCACUCCCGCGCCAGUCCCUACUUCAACCGUGGCCAACGCCUGGACUCGUACUCCACCGACGGUUAAACCGGGAAGCGUUAGCUUCGUACCGACACCACCACCCGUGCCCGGAGCGAAGGUAAGCUCAACGCCCGCUUCGGCCUCCGCUACCAGUGAGGGACCGGCGACGGACGAGGAGCUAGUGGCCCUGUCCGAGCUGCUGUUCAGCAAAGACUCGAACAGUCCGAGCAAGUUCGUCACCACCAACUACCAGAAGCAAACGUCGUCUUUCGUUAACACCGAUGAGGCUCCGAAUGCAUUCCUGACGGUCGAUGAAGCGAAGAUCUACGCCAUUCCGACGAUCGAGAAGAUGCACGCUCUGUUCAACAACUACGAGCUGGACACGAUGACCAACGAGCACGUGACGCCGCUGGAGAAGAAGGAAGAGAACGACUUCGUCGAUGCCCUACUGACGACAAACGUGAUGCGCCAGGCGAUGCUGUUCCUGCAGAAGAAGGGUAUCGUAACAGCCGAUCCGAAGACGCACCAUGAUCUGCUCAAGACGAUCUGGUUUACGUUGUAUUCGCGCGGCAAUGGCAAGAUCGGUAGUUCCGGUUUCGAGCACGUGUUCCUCAACGAGGUCAGCAAUGGUACGAUGAUCGGUCUGCACAACUGGCUGUACGUGUACGAUAUGGAGAAGAGCGGUCGUAUCGAUUACAAGGGUUACAUCAAGAAGAUGGACCUGGGAACGAAAGGAGAAAUAGCCAAGGUGCGGCUAACGUUCGAUAAUCUGCAGAAACCCUCGAACUCGCUGUUCGUUGGAACGUCGCCCGAGCUGGAGAUCGCUCUCUACACCGUUUGCUUCCAGGUGCGACCGGACAAGGAGUGUCCGUUGGCGGUGAACGGUAAGCCGUUCACGGUGAAAACCUUCACGUUCCGUUACCGUGGCAAAAAUCUGAUCGGUGGUGCUUGGCCAAACAUUUAAAAACAGUCCCCUACGGUAGCAGACAGCUACACUACUCCACUGCAGCACCUGCACAACGAUAUUACCAUUGCAUUUUUACCUCAUCUUUUUUUAUUCAAAUAAACGAAUAUUUGCGUGAAAACA